AUGUACAAGGCCGCGAUACCGCAAGGGCCCAUACUGUCAAGAGCAUUUAGGUGUGCCAACGACCAGGUCAGAGUUCACGAUGCUCGCUUCACCAAUCAUCUUUGUUGGGACCACCAGCCUGUCGAAACUCGCGAGGCUUGGUUCAACGGGACCCUCUUUUCAAACCACGAAGCAUACGGGGCAGGUGCUCCCGAUCAUCAUCAGCAGCAGCGCGCCCGGCGACGCCGUUCGCGCCAGAAAAACAAUCCCACAUUGGCCGAGGCCGCUUCAGAACCAGUGCACGAGCCUCGAGAGCACAUUUCCGAGGCCUCCUCGUCCGACGUCGAUGACGAUGACGAUGCUUCGAGCGUGGGCCGCCGGCUGCCUACGAUAGAGGAGACCGACAAAGCCGACACUGCGGUCUGCUUGAACAGGGCGCCGCGAGAUAUCUCUCUAGAAACAGAGCCAGGAACGCCAACCGCUCGUCGCAGUCAAAAGACGGUGCAUUUCGCCGAGUCUCCCCCCCGGGUGUCCUUCCCGGAGAAGCACCACGGUGCGACGGCAUCCGUCCGGGCUGUCGAUCCUGUACAGUCUCCCUCGGCAACCCGCCUCCGGUCUUCCCGUCACCGGCGCAGCGUUGACGGUCGACACGCAACACACUCGUCGCCCAAGACUUCGAGUAGCGCCGUUACCCCGGUGGUGCAUAACCGCGAGAAGCGUAGGAGCACCGGCAGCACCCCCAAGUCAGCCGACGCCAAGCGAGCACCGAGACCAAGGUCCAGCCCUUGA